GUGGAGGAAAGUUGCGUGUGGCACAGACCCGACGGCGCAGCGCCACAGCGCCCGGGGGAUCGUGUGUCUUGGAAAAAAAAGUCGCUGUCCCCCUAAAGCGAGACCCACAAGCGAGCGGGCCCCGUGGGCCCGGGGACGACGCCCCCUCCUGCGGCGUGGACUUUGUCGGUGGCCUUCUAGGAGGAGGAAUAUGGCAUCUAAAGGGUCCCCUUCUUGCCGUCUGGUUUUCUGCCUCUUGAUCUCCGCCGCGGUCCUCAGACCAGGCCUCGGAUGGUACACUGUCAACUCAGCAUACGGAGAUACCAUUGUCAUGCCUUGCAGACUGGAUGUACCUCAGAACCUCAUGUUUGGCAAAUGGAAAUAUGAAAAGCCUGAUGGGUCCCCAGUAUUUAUUGCAUUCAGAUCUUCUACAAAGAAAAGUGUGCAGUAUGAUGAUGUACCAGAGUACAAGGACAGACUGAGCCUCUCAGAAAACUACACUCUGUCUAUCAACAAUGCAAAGAUCAGUGACGAAAAGAGAUUUGUGUGCAUGCUAGUGACCGAGGACAACGUGUUUGAGGCACCUACCCUGGUCAAGGUGUUCAAGCAACCAUCUAAACCUGAAAUUGUAAACAGAGCAGCGUUUCUUGAAACAGAGCAGCUAAAAAAGUUAGGUGACUGCAUUUCAAGAGACAGUUACCCAGACGGCAACAUCACGUGGUAUAGGAAUGGGAAAGUGCUACAGCCUGUUGAUGGAGAGGUGUCCAUACUUUUUAAAAAGGAAAUUGAUCCAGGUACUCAGUUGUAUACCAUGACUUCCUCCUUGGAGUACAAGACAACCAAGUCUGACAUACAAAUGCCAUUCACCUGUUCUGUGACAUAUUAUGGACCUUCGGGCCAGAAAACAAUUUAUUCUGAACAAGCAAUCUUUGAUAUUUACUAUCCUACAGAGCAGGUGACAAUACAAGUACUGCCACCAAAAAAUGCCAUCAAAGAAGGGGACAACAUCACCCUUCAGUGCUUGGGGAAUGGCAACCCACCUCCUGAGGAGUUCAUGUUUUACUUACCAGGGCAGGCUGAAGGCAUAAGAAGCUCAAACACUUACACACUGACAGACGUGAGACGCAAUGCCACCGGGGACUACAAAUGUUCUCUCAUCGACCAAAGAAACAUGGCAGCUUCAACAACCAUCACUGUUCACUACUUGGAUUUAUCCUUAAACCCAAGUGGGGAAGUGACCAAGCAGAUCGGUGAUACCCUGCCUGUGUCUUGCACAAUAUCUGCAAGUAGGAAUGCAACUGUGGUGUGGAUGAAGGAUAACAUCAGGCUCCGAUCUAGUCCAUCCUUUUCUAGUCUUCAUUAUCAGGAUGCUGGGAACUAUGUCUGUGAAACUGCUCUUCAGGAGGUUGAGGGACUGAAGAAAAGGGAGUCGCUGACCCUCAUCGUAGAAGGAAAACCUCAAAUCAAAAUGACAAAGAAAACUGAUCCCAGUGGACUGUCUAAGACUAUAAUCUGCCAUGUGGAAGGGUUUCCAAAGCCAGCUAUACAGUGGACCAUUACCGGCAGUGGAAGCGUCAUAAACCAAACAGAGGAGUCUCCUUAUAUUAAUGGCAGGUAUUAUAGUAAAAUUAUCAUUUCCCCUGAGGAGAAUGUUACAUUAACUUGCACAGCAGAAAACCAACUGGAGAGAACAGUAAACUCCCUGAAUGUCUCUGCGAUAAGUAUUCCAGAACACGAUGAGGCAGACGAUAUAAGUGAUGAAAACAGAGAAAAGGUGAAUGACCAGGCCAAACUAAUUGUGGGCAUUGUGGUUGGUCUCCUCCUCGCCGCCCUCGUCGCCGGUGUCGUCUACUGGCUGUACAUGAAGAAAUCGAAAACUGCAUCAAAACAUGUAAACAAGGACCUUGGUAAUAUGGAGGAGAAUAAAAAGCUAGAAGAAAACAAUCACAAAACAGAAGCCUAAGAGAGGAGUUGUUUAGAUGUCCUGAGAAAAAAACAUAUAAAGAAAUUGAAGCAUGAACGUGGAUUGUAUUUAAGACAUAUACAAAGACAAUGACAGCAAUUCAUGGUUCAAGUAUUAAGAUGUUCAUCCUACUAAGCUGUCCUGGGAUCUUAGAGAAUUAUCUCAAGUAAAACAAUGAAAUAAAGUUAUAAAAUUACAACAAGAUUUGGCAGCCAUGAUAAUAGGUCAUAUGUUGUAUUUCGUUUGAUUUUUUUUUUCUGUAAAUGUCUGCACUGAGGAUUUCUUUCAGUUUGCCUUUUAUGUAAAUUUUUUACGUAGCUAUUUUUAUACACUGUAAGCUUUGUUCUGGGAGUGGCUGUUAAUUGGAUGUACAAUGUAAUGUUUAUUUCAAUUGUUUAUAUGGAUAGUCUGAGCAGGUGCGGUUCUGAUUCUGAUUGCUAUCAGUAAUGCCCCAAACUUUCUUGUGAGGAUCUGAAACCCAAAGGUGGCAGUUAUGAGAUUGGGACAUGGAUCUUGCCCAAUCAGAAGCUGUUUUUUUUUUAAAAAAAAAAACCUGGAGAGUCAGGAGCACCAUAAGAUAUGAUGGUCUCUAUGUGCCAACGGGUUCCCCGAAGCGGGUCACAAACACAUACGGCAACACCACAUGUGAAUGAUACUUUUAAACUGACAAUUUCGUCUUCUCUGAAAAAAGACAUACACAGAGUUUGUAUAACACUUUACUUAACGACACUUGCUAGAAAAUUACAUUCUGUUUUUAAAAAAAAUAAGGAAAAUGUAAAGAAGAAUAUCUAAUAUGUCAGAGAAAGUUGGAAACAAAUCACAGCUCGCAUCCCCAUAGUCGCAGAUCACGAUGUAAAUCACUGUAAUUAAAAUUGGUGUUAAAUCCUUUGGGUUAUCCACUGCCUUAAAAUGACACUUAUUUCCUU